UUAAAGAUGCUGAGACUAUUCGAGAUAUUCGCUAUUAUCUUAUUGGUUAAUACGAAUUCGGCGUGGGCGGGGUUUGCGUGUCUAAGUAACCCUUGUUUGCAUGGUGUCUGUUUGGACGAUUUGAACUCGACGUACUCUUGUUAUUGCGUGGAUGGUUACACUGGGGUGCAAUGCCAGACCAACUGGGAUGAAUGUUGGUCGAACCCGUGCCAAAACGGCGGAGCCUGUAUCGACGGGAUCGCCGCUUUCAACUGUUCCUGUCCUGAAGGAUAUGUUGGAGAGGUUUGCGAGGAAGAUUUCAACGAGUGCGAGAGUAAUCCAUGUAUGAACAAUGGUACUUGCCUGGAUGCUCCCAACGGCUACAACUGCCUCUGCACCACCGGCUACACCGGAACGCAUUGCGAAGUUGAUGUUGCCGUAUGCAACAUCACGGAGGAAACCAGAUGCAACAAUGGGGGUGCAUGCAUCGAGGGUCCCGGUCUGACGUUCAGCUGCAAGUGUCAACCAGGAUGGGGCGGGUUCUUUUGCGACGUCGAAAUCGACGAGUGCAUGUCAUCGCCCUGUCAGAAUGGAGGAGUCUGUCUGGAUCUACAUGCUGAGUACAAAUGCGCAUGUCUCUUUGGAUUUUCUGGGCGGAAUUGCGAGGACGAGGUACUGGUGUGCGAUGAUAACGUUUGCGAGAACGAUGCUCUCUGCUUAAUGGAAGACGGGCAUCCGGUUUGCUACUGUGUUCCUGAUUACCAUGGUGAGAGGUGUCAGUUCCAAUACGAUGAAUGCCAAUUGGGACCUAGAUGUUUGAACGGUGGAACGUGCAUCGACGGCAUCGACAACUUCACCUGCUCCUGUCCUCCUGACCUGACUGGAAUUCUAUGCGAAUGUCUGAUUGUCGAUGACCGCAGAUUAGAUUGCACGUACGUGGCUCCAACUCAUACUUUUCCAGAAAUCACUACCGAAAGCUUUACAGAAACUACUACCAUGGAAAUGACGUUGCCAAUAAUGGAAACUACUUCAGUUUAUUCCACGAUUGUACCAGAAACUACCACUACAGAAACGUCUGAAACUGACACCACAACAGAGCUUACAACUUUAUUUUACACAGUCUCCAGAACUGAAAUAAUCACAUCAACUACAACUGAAACAACCGAGUCUAGUACAACCGAAGAACAUACCACCACCACUUGGACUACCCCAAUAGACAUCCCAGCUUCUAGAGAAACAACGACUGAAACGGAUAUUGAAACAUCAGCAACUGAACUAACCACGCUUCUUUCAUCAUCAUCAAUAACGACUGAAGAAAUCACGAUCUUCCCCAGUACCGAUUUUAUUACAAUGCCAACAGAAACUCUCCCUUUUACCGAUUUUUUAACUACUUCCACAGAAUACUCCACUCUCGAAAGCCGUGAAUCCAAUAUUACAAUCACGAACUUUUUCACAGAAACACCUAGCACACCGGAUUUCGGUUCUGAAGAGGAAAACGUUACAUCGGCAAUUCCUCUCCCAGAUUGCUCUUUGACAGGUAGCGAUUGCUUGAAUGGAGGCACCUGUGUUUUCAUCGAUAGAAGCCAUAAAUGCUUGUGCCCUUUCGAUACGUCCGGAAACAGAUGUGAAACACGUUUAGGUAUAACCACAGCUGCAUUCGGAGGAGAAUCAUACCUGGUGCAUCGUCUGCAGGUGGAACAGAUCACUUCGAUUGAUCUCAAGGCGAAGACUACUUCAAACAGCGGGCUUUUAUUCCACGCUGUAUUGGAUCAGAACUACAUGUCGAUGUACGUGGAAACAGGAUUUUUGAAGUUUAAGUUCUCUUGUGGAUAUCAGACAAUGCUGCUCAGCGAACUUGGAAAACCAAUCAAUAAUGGAAACGAAAUGAGGAUUAGCGCUGAAUUAACAUUUUCUAAAGAGAAUAACUUUUGCAACGCCACUAUAAAAUUGAACGAUACUUUGAGCAUGAGCGGUGAUCAGGUUGCAGCUUCCGAAUUCUUUGGCAGGAAAAGCGCUUGGUUGUAUCUUGGCGGACUUCCAGGGGAAGCCAACGUUCCCGGUUUUAUAGGGUGCAUGUCCGAUCUGACGAUUUCCGGCAAGAAAAUCAACAUUUUCAAGGACGCCGAAGACGGGUAUGGAGUAGCCGAAUGUUCUUCGCUGGCUUGCCUUUCAAAUCCUUGCAAUAACGGAGGAAGUUGCGCAGCUUCCGGUGAUGUUUGGUCUUGCAAAUGCAGAAACGGAUAUUCCGGAAAUACUUGCGAAGUUUCCGUGUGCGAAAACAGCCCUUGUCGUUUUGGCGGAACCUGUCUCCCCUACACCGGAAGCGGGUACAUCUGCCUUUGUCCUUUUGGUAAACGCGGACACUUUUGUGAAAAUGAGUUGCUGAUCACAAAGCCGUACUUCUCUUCCUCGCUGCAAGGACUUUCUUCGUUCCUAGCCUACCCAAUACCAAAAGGCAAUUUUAAUCGGAUGGAAAUCAAAUUCAGGUUUGCCCCAUCCACCUUGGAUCAAAUCGCCAUUCUUAUGUUCAUCGGCCAAAAGGGCAGACACGAUUUCCACUCGGACCACAUGUCUGUGAGCUUUAUAAAGGGAUAUGUCAUGUUGACGUGGAACUUGGGCUCUGGGCCCAGGCGGAUCUUCACCGCGAAACCCAUCCCUCGCGGAAAAGAAAGCUAUUUGGUGCACAUUGGACGACUAGGUCGUAGGUCUUGGUUGUUCGUUGAACACCUGGGCAACGUGACCGGAAGAUCUCCAGGAAAUUUAGUACAACUGGAUGUUGUGCCGUUGAUCUACUUCGGAGGCCACAGCAGCGCCAACUUCACCACCUUACCGCACGACCUUCCGCUGCAUUCCGGUUUCUCCGGGUGCAUUUUCAACGCCGAAUUCCGGUCGGGCAAUGUAGUUCUACCUCUACAGGCCACAGCACAAACGUUCGGAAGAGCUGUGGGCCAAUGCGGAACCACCGAAUGUCACGAGAAUAUUUGCCAGAACGACGGUGCAUGCAUUCACCAUGGAGGAACGUUUGCGUGUCUUUGUCAGGACGGGAAGUACGGUCCGCUCUGUUCAGCAACCUACAACCCGUGCGACAACUUCCGCAACGAGUGCGCUUCCGGUUCAACGUGCAUUCCAGUAAUAGGCGGAUACGAAUGCGAUUGUCCCAUCGGAAGGAGCGGAAAGCGAUGCGAGAAAGAGGAAGGUUUGACCGACAUAAACUUCUCCGGAAAGCGUUCUUACCUUCAACUGAAUCCGCAAUUGUUCGAAGCAUUGAAAUUCAAUUUCGAAUUCGAAUUGCGACCGAUGAGGAAUCGUGGUUUAGUAUUCUAUAUCGGUUCCGAAGACAUGUUUCUAUCUUUAUCAUUGAUAAGCGGAUUACUCGAAUUGCGAAUUUUGCCAGGGAGGAAGCGUGUGCAUCAAAGCGGAAUCCUCGUAAUCAGGAGUAAUAAGCUGAUGGUUCUUGGAGAAUGGCAUACCAUAAAAGUGGGACUGUACGGGAGAAAGAUAUAUCUCUUUGUUAAUAACGUUGUCAAUACCGGUCUUCUGCAAGCUUCAGAUUUGAUCACGCUUUCGGACGAGAAAAUCUUCGUCGGCGGAUUGCCCGAUCUAUCGAUUUUACCGAAAGAAGCAACGCCGUCUCUCCCGGAACCGUUCAGAGGAUGUUUUCGCAAAUUGAUCGUGAAUAACGCGCAUAUUUUACUGAACUCUCUGAGUAUAGAGAGCGCCAGAAACAUCGAAGACUGUGACGGGACGCCCUGCGGAGGCGAUUAUUGCGAGAAUUCCGGUGUAUGCUGGCUCGAUCCCAAUCUGCAACCGCACUGCAAAUGCCAAGACCCAUACCAAGGUGACAGAUGCGAGGUAUUGGAAGAAUGCAAAGGUUCCCGAGGUUGUGGUCAUAAAGGACGAUGCGUCGGAGGUAAAUGCGUCUGCAAGGUGGGAUGGUUCGGGGCGUUCUGCGAGAGCGAAAUCACCAUCAAUAAACCGAAAUUCGAUGGAAACGGUUACAUUAUGUUAAAUAGGCGUACCAGGAAAAGGGGAUUGGCGGAUACUUUCAGGAGUUUAUAUUUGAAGUUUGCGAGCGUCGAAGACGAAGGACUACUGGUUUGGGUGGAAAAUGAUGAUUGUUUAUGUGUAUAUAAGGUUAAUUUAUUAUUAUUUUGUUUGUUUUUUCAGCAUGUCAAUAGCCUUGGGAUCGGUAUCAGACGCGGAAGACUGGUGAUCUUCGAGGAAUCCAAUAAAACUUUAAACGAAAGUUCACGUAGGAAAGUUUCGGAUGGUCUUUAUCACACGGUGCGAUUGACGCUCAAACCUUUCGAAUUGUUGUUCGAUGGGAAGGCGAUGGAUUACGUGUUCUUGGGAGACUUGUCUGCCAGCGAUUUGUACGUCGGGGGAUUCCCUGGCGAUCGCAACAUCACCAUGGCCGGACUCACCGGUUGCGUGGCAGCAUUCGGUAGCGAUGGCAACAACCUGAUUAACGACUUUAACAAAUUCGAUGGUGAAAACGUUUCGCAAUGUGUGGUUUAAAUACUUACUUAAUAAUAAUAUAUAUGUUUAAGAAGGAAGGACUUGUUAAUGAAGUGAAGAUUUCAACUGCAGCAACAAAAUGCAAAUA